GGGCGCUGUUUAUGAUGUCAUCGAAAUUGUCGGAUUGUCCUCGUGCAAGAUGGCUGACAACAAAUUGUACGAACUUCUUGGUGUAAGCAGAAAUGCUACAGAUACUGAUCUGAAAAAGGCUUACAGAAAGCUGGCCAAAGAAUUUCAUCCAGACAAAAAUCCAGAUGCUGGCGAAAAGUUCAAAGAGAUCAGCUUCGCCUAUGAGGUGUUGUCAAACCCGGAGAAGCGUGAGGUCUACGACAGACAUGGCCUGGACGGGAUCAAAGAGGGCGGUGGAGGAGGUGGGUUUGGAGGUGCCAGCAUGUUUGAAGAUCUGUUUGGCGGCUUCUUUGGGUUCCCGGGUAUGGGCGGCGGCUCUGGCAUGGGCCGAGGGCGGCGGCGCGGGGAGGACACCCACCAUCCACUCAGGGUCACAUUGGAAGACUUGUACAAUGGGAAGACAGCAAAACUACAGUUGAGCAAGACCGUUGUUUGUAAAAAAUGCAAUGGAAUGGGAGGGAAGAGCGGAGCGAACCAGCGCUGUAAAAAAUGCAACGGUCGUGGUGUCCAGGUUCAGCUACGACAGCUGGGCCCCGGCAUGGUCCAACAGCUACAGAGUAUAUGCUCCGAAUGUCACGGGGAAGGUGAAGUUAUCCGGGAAAAGGACAGAUGUCCGGAAUGUAAUGGCAAGAAAGUUUGCAAUGAAACAAAGAUCCUAGAAGUCCAUGUAGAUAAAGGAAUGAAAGACGGGCAGAGGAUUCCUUUCCGAGGAGAAGGAGAUCAGCAGCCCGGCAUCGAGCCCGGAGACGUGAUCAUCGUCCUGCAGCAGAAGGAGCACGAGAUUUUCACUCGCAAGGGAGAGGACCUGGUCAUGGAGCAUUCCAUCCCCCUGACAGACGCCCUCUGUGGCUUCAAGUUCAACCUCAAGCACCUGGACGGCCGUGACCUGGUCAUACACAGCAAGCCGGGCGAGGUUAUAGAGCCUGGGAAAUUGAAAAUGGUGACACAAGAAGGAAUGCCUCGCUACAGAAACCCCUUUGAGAAGGGCAACUUGUACAUCAAUUUCAAUGUCACCUUCCCUGAGAACAACUUUGCAACUCCUGACCAACUCAAAGACCUAGAAGCUCUGUUACCCCCGCGACCCCGCACGGAGAUCCCCACCGGGGAGCACGUAGAGGAAGUGAAUCUUGUGGAGUUUGACAACAGCCGAGGUUUUGGUGGGGGCGGCGGUCACCGCAUGGAGGCGUACCACGACGACGACGAGGAUGAGGAUGGACAUGGACACCCGCGCAUGCAAUGUCAGCACCAAUAAUGACCGCCGGCACUGUUAGUGUACAUAGACCACCUGUAUUGUAUGUGAACACAGCUCCCCGGGAAGGAUGGGCCGCCACUGCACAGACAGACAGACAGAGAGCAGGCGGGCUUGUCAACGUGAGAGGAAACAAGUUGUUGACAAUCUAACUCUUUAACACUUUGCUGCCCCAUCUCGCCGAUUGGCCAUGUUUACCACCCAGUUUCUUUGGAUUUUCCCUAAAAUAUGAUGGCCAAGUGUUAAGCUAUGCUUAAAUGUAGUCUUUUUUUUUUUUUUUUUUUUCAACAUUUUCUGAGACAGUGAGAGCCUUUGGGGUUUUUUUUUCAGUGAUGAAAGAGUACAGGGGGUGGAACUAAGUUUAACUUGAAUUGACGGUUUAGUUACCGGAGUGUUCUCAAGUGUUUCUUCUCUUUGACGGAGGGGAAGGUUGGCUUUGUUUUGUUUGCUUUUUUUAGUUGAAAAAUACUGUGUGAUUCUGGUGGUGGGUGGUCGGAGGAUGUUGAUGGGGUAUGGCGACACCUUCGCCUGCUUGACAGAUGUAUGCCGAGAAGUCUCCCCCACCCACCUCUCUCCUCCCUCCACCCUCCACCCUCCCUUGUCACUGCCAAGCUGUGGACUUAUCCUGUGACCCUCAGGUGUGUGUACUAUUGUAGUACCCCGUGACAGAAUCAAAAUCGUUAAUGUAGAGAACUGAGUUGUACUGGCUGGAAGGGGUUUGGAAUUGUCCGAACAUCAGAGUAGCUUUUAUCUAACUACGGUUUACCAUAAGGAAAAGUUGUCAGCCCGCCCCCCCCCCACCCCCGCCCCGUAUCAGAUGCGAUUUUCUUCACAUACAUUUGGUACAUUUGGUGCUACUGUUGACAUAGGUAGUGGGAGAGUUGCGUGGUUGGGAAUGUUUGACAUUUGUUUGGAGGUAUUGUGUUGAAGAAGCAACUGUGGGGGUGCAUAUAAUUUCAGUAAAAUGUUUCUUCCCGGGAGGCUGAAAAUGUUUCUGGGUGUUCUAUGGUCUGCUGGGGGUAAUAAUAUAGUGUAAAACGCAUAGAGCUUGCUGUAGAGCAGGGUAUGCGCUAUACAAAUGCUAUUUAUUAUUAUUAUUAAAAAGGUGAAAUGAGUUGGGGUUAUUUUGUGGAUAUGUCAUUGUGUUGGGAUUGGUCAGUGUGUAUUCCAUUCCUUUCCCCGUAGCUGUGUUUAUUGAUGUUUUUAUAAAUAUUUUGAAACUUUGUGUGUGCACGACGGAAAAAUGAAAUUGGAUGGGAGUGGCUUAGCUCUCGGGUGGAAGUCGUGGCAGUCUGGGAUACCCCGUGGCGUCUGUUCUGACUGCAGCGUGUGACCUGUUUUGUGUCGUGCUGAUGUAAGAGUGCCAUUUGGAGCGUAGCGUUGAUGGAUCAAGUCAAAGUAGUUGUUUAUAGACUUUGUCAAAUCCCAUUCCUCUGGUAUGUUGUGAACUUUAACCCUACCUUUGCUGUGAGGGAAUGCUGUAUGACCAUCCAGUCUCUCGUCAAACGCCGCAGCACCUUUCUAUGACUGGCUAGGAACUUGUAGGACUGCGCUCUGGCUUUUUGUCCCUGUUGAUCCUAGCCAGGGUGAGUUCUCCUGUGACAAACGCUGUCGUGGAAAUACAAACGUGUCCUGUCUAUGCAGAUUAUGUUUUGAGGAGAGUGGGCUCUGAUAAUGUGGUCUGACCUUGGGGUAUGCUCGUCUCUCGUUAGAUGUUCACCCCAUUCAUCGUGUAGAAGCCGAUCUCCACUUGUGUAUGGUAAGAGUUUAUGGUGAGUGUCGUCGUCCGUCUACUUUCCAUGAAAGGAUGGUCGGGUUUUGUUCCUGUUGUGCUGUGGGCUGGCCGGUGUGGUGGGUGUGGGACUCGUGUACCCACAUGUUGAGCGUCACGGCUCGCCUUCGGUACUGGUGGUAUUUGGGGAGUACAUGCACUCGUUGUCAAUGGGUGUUUCUGUUCACAAGGUUGCCAGUUGUCAGGCUUUUUAAAAUCAAAGAGGAAAAAGUAAUUUCUUUACAGCAGGACCUUCCCAUUACAAACAUCAAUAUACAGUUAUUGGUGAGUUCUAUUUUUUUAAUAUUAAGAUUGUUGUAACGGGCCUAGGCCUGUGUAUAAAGUAUUUUGGCACAUGUUAUUAUGCCUUGUCUCUUUUUAAUUAAAUGCAGCGUGCCACGUGUCGAAUUUGAUGCCGACAAAUUUUCCAGCGUUUUUGUCAGCCUGCUGGCAACCCUGUGUUCAGUGACAUGGUUGCAAUCGGGCUGUCCAGUUUUACCUGUGGUGGAAUGUUGUAGGACGGAGUGGGAUAGUCUAUGCAGUUCUCCUGGGCCACUGUGUGAAGGGAGCUGUGACGUGCACGUGUGUUGUCCCAACACGCGACGGGAGCUCUGAGCCUGGGUCCUGUGGCGAGCACAGAGUUCCACAAGCACUACUGUCCUACCACAAUUACUACCGGCUUCACAAUGGUGUGCAGAUGCUGCAGCUACAAUGUACAUUAGUUGUCCAUAAUUUUCUCAGAUCAACUUUUCACUUUUCCAGAGACCAAUGGUAGAAUCACCCAAUAUUCUGUACAAGAGUCCACCAUGCUCCCAUGUUCUUGUACGUCUGGCCUAUUGAAGUGCUCUCUGUCACAUGUGUAUGCCUUGUAUCAAUUGUUCAUCUAUCUCUAACAAGUGAAUCACCAUUUCCAAAUUUGAUUGAGCUUUGUAACUCUGACUGGACGUAGAAGCAGCUUUUUCCUGUGGGAAAGUACCCAGCGUAGUACACUCACAGACACACACAAUUAGUGCCUGCACGUCGUAUAUCUCCGCUGACUGUUCCUCUCUCCGGAAAUUAAAGACUCUUCCGGUCGACGGAAGGGUCUGCUUGUCAGGGAAUGUUCUCAACUCUUGUCAGCGAGUAGUUAAAUGAAAUUUGCGUUCAGUUCAGGGCUUUUUUUGUGUGUUGUCCAUCUUAUUACAGGAUUAUUUUUUUAAAUCAGUAUCAAAGUAUAACAGAACCGUUGCUGGUCUUAUUCAAAAUAUCAUCGGAAAUGUUCCAGAAUAGCUAUUGAAGCUCGGGGUAAUUCUGUUGUUUGGUUGGUUGGUUUUUUUAUCUCCCUUUUUCUUUGCCUUGCCCUUGUUUAAAUUAUUUGAAAUAAUGUGUUUCUUAUGUUUCUACAUGAUAUAUGAUUGUAUUAUAUAUAUAACACAUGCAUUCUGUAGUUGUCAGCUGGAGUGUUGUCCUUUUCCUUGUUGUGGCCUUCACCUUCGGUGAUUGGUCUUGUCUUGGUGUGUGUGGGGAGAAUGUGUGGGGAGUGGCGGGGAACUUGUUGUUGCAGGAUUCCCCCGUGUGUGGUAGGCUACGUCUGACGGGAGUGCACACCACUUCCUUGUGUCUACCUUUUUGUCGUUUGUGUUUGAGGUACAGCGGAUGUCUGUGAUCAGAAUAAACAUUAUGGGACACUCAAAAACAAAA